AUGUGGCUGAGCAGUGCAGGUGUGACUGCGCUGUUUCUCCUGCUGACGGCGCAGCACCUGCAUGCGUCUGCGCUGUCCACCAUCUCCUCCUAUGAGUUCACCGGAUUCAGGAUGCAGCAGUACCUGAUGCAGCAGGACAGACAUGGUUGCCGUGGCGCCAUCGUGGUGGCGGAGGCGCGCUCGUCCGACUACCCGGGCCUGACGCGCCGCUGCGUGAUCAUGAAGCUGCCGGACUUCACGCUGGACCGCUACGAGGAGGCUCAGAGGCAGAACGCUGCUGCCGUGCUCAUCCUGCUGCCCAGUAACCUCUCCGCAGUGCCACAGGAGGUGAUACAGAGCUUCAUGGAGGCCGAGGCGGAGGUGGUGCAGAGGGACUCCCUGAUGCCGCUGUACGUGGCGCCCGAGGACGAGCAGCUGCUCUACAUGUACGAGGAGGUGCGGCUGGACGCAGCCACCCGCGCCUCCUCCAUCCUGGUCCGAGUACUGCGGAGCAUGGUGACUGCCACUGCGUUCCAGAUCUUAGUGAGCAACAACAACGUGCUCAAGCCCGUCACUGACAGCAGCAUCAUCACACUGGAGGGAGUUUUGCCUGGAAUCGGAGAGGACCCUCAGACUAUUGUUAUCACUGCCCAUUACGACUCCUUUGGGCUAGCUCCGUGGCUGUCAUAUGGCGCCGACUCCAACGGCAGCGGCGUGGCCAUUCUGCUGGAGCUGGCCCGUCUCUUCCAGAAGCUGUACCGUGACCCCCGCAGCAGAGCACCGUACCAUCUCCUGUUCUCACUGACCGGAGGGGGAAAAUAUAACUUCCUGGGCACCAAACGCUGGCUGGAAGAAAACAUGGACCAUGCAGAGUCCAGCCUCCUGCAUGACAACGUGGCAUUUGUGUUGUGCCUGGACUCUCUGGCCAAUGGGGACGAGCUUUACCGGCACGUGUCCCGCCCACCCAGACCUGGCACCCCUCAGCACGAGUUCAUCUACCAGCUGGAGCAGGUGAUCGCGUCCAGGUUCCCCUGGGUGAGGUUCGACAUGAUCCAUAAGAAGAUCAACCUGGGGGACCCCAUGAUGGCCUGGGAGCACGAGCGCUACGCCAUGCGCCGCGUCCCGGGGUUCACCCUGUCCCACCUCGAGGACCCCAAAUCAGAGCGCAGGGGCUCCAUCCUGGACACCAUGUCUCAAGUGGACAUGAGGAGACUCAAGCGGAACGCUGUCAUCAUUGCCGAGUCAUUGGCCAGGUUCAUGUACAAUCUGUCUGACAAGGGUUCACCAAAGGAGAUGCAGCUCUUCAGGGGCCAAAUGGAAGUGCAGGACAGUCGCUUAUCGGCGCUGAUGACGUUCCUGACCUCUGCCCCUCGGGCCAGCCAGCUGAUGGACAAGGAGCCAGCCCAGAGCCUCAUGAUCUCCACCCUGGAGCACGAGCUCAAGCAGCACCUGCUGCAGGUCUACAGACACACCUUCAAACAGGACCGCAGGGACCCUGAUAUAACCUUCUAUGACCAAAUGAGUCAACCUAUGAUGAUGUACAGGGUGAAGCCUGCUGCGUUUGAUCUGUUCCUGGGAGGUUGCAUUGCAGCCUAUUUGGGCAUAAUCUACUUUGCCGUUCAGAAUUUCGGGCACAUCUACAGCAAACUGAAGAUGGCAGUGAAAUCGAAACACCAGUGAGGUUUGCCCAUCCAAAGACAGGCUUUUCACUUGCUGUUGAUCCUUUGACUCCUCGGAUUCCGUGAAGUCCCAACUAUGUCCACUCGCCUUGGCCAU